UGUUUGGCAGAAAUUUCUACAUUGUGAAGGAAAACUAUGUKCACCAAAAGAAGCUGAAGAAGAUGGGUGGUUCAAGUUCAACUCUUCGCGGUUCAAGAUUUUUUACGACAAAAGGAAAUGGCACAAAGCUCAAGCUCAUUGUAACUCUCUUGGCGGCGACUUGGCGUCCUUUGGAUCACGCACAGAAUACCAAUUUAUUCAAGAAACCUUUUUUUACCAUGAUUUCUUAAUCAGCACACGCCUCGAAACUUACAGUUUGCACAGGGGGGCAGUAAUAGUAACCAAAGACUCCCGAAAGGCCAUAUAUUUUGACGGAAUUGAUGACUAUGCAACAAUACCAAAGUUCGACAUUCGUAAAAGCGACUUUACUAUCGCAUUCUGGUUUAAGGGUGGAGCAAGUAGUUAUGGAUUUUGGAACAUCUUCAACGACAAAAAGGGCAGCAAAAAUAAGCAGUUCUCCAUAUAUAUUUGGUCAGGCAGUAUGAGCUUCCCUUUUUACAAUACUCACGGUAACUUCUUGUGCACGGGAAUAGGUUUGAAAUCAACUAGUCAUUUUCCCAUCGGAAACUGGUAUCACAUGACUGUGACUUGGAAUAGACAGGCUAAGGUGUGCAAAUCAUACGUUAAUGCAGUUCUGAAGAGAACUGGGGUUUCGAUUGAAUCAAACUUGGACCUGCAUGAAACUGGAGAGUCGUUUUAUGAAAUUGGUGGAGAAGACGGGAUGUUCAAAGGGUGGAUAAGUGAAUUAGUUGCUCUUCCGCAAGAGUUGAAGCAGUACGAAGUCGAGAAUUUAAAAGACGGUCGGUAUUUUGGAGCAUGGAUUGGAUUAAAUGAUAUCGACAAGGAAGGUACCCUCAAGUGGUCUAACAGCAAACCGCUGACAUACAUGUCUGCAGUACAAAAUCAAGACCCUGUCAAGGAUUGUGUGUAUUUGAGAAAGGACAGUGGAUCGAUUCUAACUUGGAGUCUAGAGACAUGCUCUGACGAACAUCCAUUUAUUUGCGAAAGAAUUUGAAUGGAAAUCAAUUAAUUGAUUAUGUUCACACAAAAAUAGGGUUCUCGCAUAUAAACAGCUUCGUCAGUUUCCGAACGUUUCGUCUUAUUUUAGCACCAUUCAAGUAUAGACAAYAAUGACAUCAUUACACUUAGACCUACUGAUCGUCUUUAGCCCGUUCACUUGAUUAACCACAGAAAGAACUUGCAUGUAUUACAAGGCAUCACAUGCUAUCAGCCAUAGGCACAUAAGGAUGCACAAACGUUUACAAGAAAAUUGUGUUGAUUCUGUUUUAACAUAAUCUGUACGAUAUGUCCUUAUUAUGAUAACGCUUUGAUCACAAAUAUGACGGUGAUCGAAUAGCAAAUGCAUGUUGUUUUUUUGGUGACGAACAAAUAACGUUUAUGGCUACCUUGUCUUUCGUAAGUGACCCCAAAGCGYACUUUCAGUUGCCAUGUCAUCUUCAAUGACAAGUGGAACCAAAAAUCGAAAGCAAAAUUGAUUGCACAUCAAAUAUCAAGAUCUUUGAAAUAUGCUCGAAUGUGCCAUGAAUGUGUGAAAUUUAAUUACUAGAAUAAAAACUAAUAACAA